AAGUAUGAUGGAAAAUAACCCAUUUGCUUUUUCUUUUUUUCUGUCGCUUCUCGCUUGUUUGUUGUUUGGAAAAGGAACAGCUUUGUUGUCCUGUACUUUUAGCGGAGGAUCGCCAAGAAUUAACAAAAUUCUGUAAUUCUUUAAAUCUAUUCGACUGAAUGGAAAUCUUUCUCUUGUGGGGCCCUAUAUCUUGUGUAUGACUUUUGAGAAUCAAGUCUUGUAACUUGAGCAUGGCAGAAGAACCAAAGCCUCCGACAUCGGAUUCCUUUGAUGCUGCUCCAUCGUUGGAACGAUAUCCGACGCCUAGACGUCCACUCCUACCAAAGCUUGGUCGGACUUCUCGCCAAAGAAAAAUAUACAUUUGCCUCUUUGUCACAUCCGUCUCUCUGGCUAUUUUCCUACCCAUCCUUUUUCUCGUCAUUGUACCGAAAAUUGCCCAAGCCAACAUUAAUGGAAGUAAAUUGACGUUAUCGUCAGCGUCUAUUUCAAAGGCUACGUCGUCUUCGUUUGCGCUAUCGUCUCAAGGUUUUGUGGAAGAUGCUGGAUCCAUCGAUGCCACAAUAUCCUUUGUAGACGGGACUGUGGAUGUGACAUGGACCGGAUCAGGGACAAACGGCACAGAUGUGCCAUUGGCACGGAUCCUAGGAAUGCCCGAUUUGGUGGUCAAGGGAGCAAAAGGAGAUUUGGCAAUAAAGGAUGCCAAUGUGCAAAUUGUAGAUACCGCGGCCAUGACAAAGUUUGCCCGAUUUAUGAUGUUGGGAGCAGACUUUGAGUGGAGAUUGAACGGAAAAGCGCAAGCCAAGGCGUUCGGUAUGACCAUCAAAGGGCUCACCAUGGACAAGACAGUGAAAAUGAAAGCCUUGAAUGGUCUCAGAAAUAUCAGCAUUACUUCUUUUGAUUUGCCACGGAAUGAUCCUGCGGGCGGGAUCCAGAUUGUGACAACAACGCUGAUGGAUAACCCAUCCCCUAUGACAAUCGAAUUGGGCACCAUCGAAUUCUCGGUGAGCUUUGAAGGAGCCACGGUCGGCACCUUGUCUGCGAAAAACGUGACAUUGGUUCCAGGAGCGAACUCAUUGCCUCUCUCCGGGCGGUUACUGACUGGCACUACACCGACGGCCCUCAAAGCAUUAUCGCAGAUGUUUACGUCGUAUAUUGCUGGACAGCCGGCCAACUUGACCGUUACUGGGACAAACGUUGUUCCUCCUAGUGGUGCCGCCGAUUGGUUGGUUAAAGGAUUCCAAGGCAUCCCACUUUCCGUCUCCCUCGUCCCGCCAGUUCCUCAAAAACUUAUAUCGGACAUUAAAUUGGGUGAUAUGGAUGUGGCAUUUUCCCCGAAUGAUCCUUCUGGCCUCUCAGCUGCCGUAUCAGUUGGCUCUUUGACAGCAACAUUCAAAUCUCCUUUAGCAUUCCCACUCAAAAUCAACCAAGUUCAACAGCGCAUUACCAUUACCUCCGCAUCAACCAAGGAAGAUAUCGCAACGUUAGAAGCUCCCACCGCUGAAGCAGAUGGCGACAGUACGAAAGGGACUCUUUCGACAAAGGUGGCCGGUGGCACCUUGAAGGCAAUACCCGGGAAAAACGCCCAAUUUGCCGAGUUUAUGAAAGGACUGUUGACGGGGGACACUGUACCAUUUCCGCUGAAGGGUAGUUCAACGGUGCAGGCGGCAACUGCUGCUGGAGUUGUAACAAUUAGUAACGUGCCUAUCGUGGACUCUCCUACGGUCAAAGGCAUGAAUUCACUUCGCAAUAUUAGAAUCAACUCUGUUGCAAUCAAGGGCGGAUCUCAAGCCGGCAUUCAACUUGAGAUUGGCACGAUACUUGGAAAUCCAUCACAAAUAAGUCUGUCGGGCCUCGGAGAAAUCACAUUUGAUAUGGUGUUCCAAAAUCAGAAAGUCGGGACUGUGUCUUUGCCUGAUACUGGAAUCAAGCGUGGAGAAAAUGCCAUUACGGCCACAGCCCUCUUCAACCCCGCACCAGAUUCCGCCGAUGCCUUGGCAGCUGGCAAAGUGAUGCUGACAAACUUCCUCGGUGGUCGCACCUCUACCAUCACCAUUAACGGCACCCCGCAAAGCGGUCGCAUUGGAUCCCUGGCACCUGCUCUUGCCACACUUUCCAUUCCCACGACUCUCAACGGCAUCCAACCAACACUAAUCCAAUCUACCACGUUAUCCCUCAACGGCGUCCUCGGCACCAUCAUAAGCCAAACUGCAUCUGUCACAAUAGCUCUCACCAAUCCCUUUGACGCCCCGUUCACAUUAGUCUCCCUCGACAGUACAAUCAAGAGUAGUGGUCAAACCAUCGCGGCGAUCGAAUCCCAAACUGUCUCUCCCGCUUUUACUCUCCAAGGCAAGACAUCUGGGUCUACCCCCAAGAUUGACCUCAAGCUGCAAAUCAAUGGAGCCGCCAUCACUGGCUUGUUCCAAGCGGUUGGAGGAAACCUCUUGGUUGACGUAACAGCGGAAAUGAGGGUUAGAGUUGGGAGCUAUGAAACCACUAUCGCCUAUGCCCAAAAUGGCGUCAGGACGUCGUUGGGAUCCCUUUUCUAGAUACCUCAUAGUUAGUAUCAGUAUAGUAUAUAUACGAUGCAUGUAAUAUUCUGUAUGUAAUGCCUAAAUACGUAGCUGAGCCCUGGUGGCCAGUAUUUCCCUUUUGC